CCGCGUGCAGACGCAGGCUCUGAUGCAAGUUGCGAGCAAAUACCGGUGUAAACACAGAAAGUUGACGUAAUUUUAAAUAAAGAGUUGUUGGUGGAAAAAUUUUUAGAAUUAUAUUUAUUUUACAAAAUGGGUGUGGUCGUGUUGUAUCAGUAUCCCAUGACAGAAAAUAGAACAGGUCCUCAAACAAUUGAAUUUUUAACAAAAAGGAUUGUUGCAUUGGGUGCUGUACAAUCAGGGCAAUAUCUGGUUGACUGUGAUACUUGGUCAUCGAUACCACAACUCGCAGGACAUCCGCGCACGGUGCACAUCCUGCACAACUCGGAGCAGCCGGCCUCGGUGUUCGCGGUGCUGGAGUCCGGCAACAAGGUGGUGCCGCUGAUCGCCGAUGGCCUGUUCGACCUGCUGAUGAUCAAGCUCAACACCAUCUACCAGAACAGGAAGCAGAAGAUGGAGUGCAAGGGUCCGCGCUUCGAGCUCGGCGACUUCCUCGUCAAGCUCGGCAGUGUCACCAUGACGCAGAACUUCAAGGGUGUCCUGGUCGAGGUGGAGUACAGGCCGUGCGUGGUGGCGUCCGGCUGCCUGGAGCUCAUCCGAGAGUUCGUGCACGGCUUCCUCGGCAACGUGGCCUCCAACCAGGUUCCCCAAUAUCUGCAGAACCGGGUGAACGAUAUUUAUCAACCGAUGGACACGAUUCACCAAUAUUUGGAUCACUUCGGCCAGUACAGGAAGGCCACCACGGUCAUCUGAACCACCAGCAUGGACUUCGUCGAUGAACGCACGUGCUUCUGUAUUCGAUCAAGUUUUUUCGUUUUUGUACAUAUGAACAAUUGUGAUGUGCGAGAUAUCCAGGGACACUAGAAAAAACGCUAUUUCUUUUCAUAGUCACGCGUAAUCGAUCGCACGCAGCGCUGCAAGCUGCGCGAGAUAUUGCUUGCGAUAAUAAAAUUUCA